GAGCUCGCUCAGGACUCCAACACAUUCCUUUACCUUCGUCGUCGUCGUCGCCGUCCCCGUCGUUGCUGGCAACAAUGUCGCUGGCCAGGACCUAUCUCGUCUCAGGCAUUGUGCCUCGUCUCAACACCAACGCCACGUCAUCGGCAGUCCGCUCAAUUAUUGCGACCCGUCGCUUGCUCUCCAGUUCCCCGUGUUCCCAUGCUCAACAUGCUGGUGGCAACAAACUGCCUUCCGGGCUCGAGAGUCGUCUUGAAGAGCGUCUGGCUGCCAUCCAAGAACUUCAACGAGAGGGUUUCCGAGGACCAGAAGACUAUUCCAAGGGGCCCAGUGCACUCGAUAAAGCCGUCCACAUAUUCUUUUUCACCGAAAUCAUCAGAGGAAUGUGGGUCGUACUAGAACAGUUCUUCCGACCUCCCUACACCAUCAUGUAUCCGUUCGAGAAAGGUCCUCUCUCCCCUCGCUUCCGAGGAGAACACGCUCUUCGCAGGUAUCCCAGUGGCGAGGAACGUUGCAUUGCCUGCAAGUUGUGUGAGGCGAUUUGUCCCGCACAGGCAAUCACCAUCGAGAGUGAAGCCCGUCAAGACGGAUCACGCAAGACGACAAAAUACGAUAUUGACAUGACGAAAUGCAUCUACUGUGGAUUCUGCGCAGAAGCAUGCCCCGUCGAUGCCAUCGUUGAGACCCAAAACCAAGAGUUCUCGACGGAGACCAGAGAAGAGUUGUUGUACAACAAAGAGAAGCUUUUGGCCAAUGGUGAUCGGGCUGAGGCUGAAAUUGCUGCAAACUUGCAUGCCGACCAUCUUUAUCGAUAGACAUUCGCACACAAACUUGCAGUUUGUUUAGACCUGUACAAGGCGUCUUAGGCUUCUCAAAUCCAUUUUUUUCGAC